AUGUGGGACGUGAGCGAUAGAAUCGAUCGUUCGCAGGUACUACCGUCGACGCGCGGGCGCGCUCGAGACGCGCUCGAAGCGUCGCGAGUGAACGCGGUCGUCGAUUCAAGAGUGCUCUCGAGCUCGAGGUCGUUGAGAAAUCAAAAUGGUUUUCCACUCGACGACGACGACGACGAGCUCUUGGCGCUCCAGCGACGGGAGAAACUCGAGCGGAGCAAGACCCUGCGCGAGGCUCUGGAACGACAGAUCGAAGAGAAGAGGGAGAGGCGAGAGGGGGAGGUCGUCGCGCGCGCGUCUCGGGCGGCUCGGGCGAAGGCGGACGCGCUAGCGAUGAAACGUUCGAGUGAGUUGGAGGCGAUGUUGCGCGGAUUAAGCGAGCGAUUCGAGGAGACGACGGUGCGAGUUGAUGAGGCGUGGGUGCACGCGCCGAGAGCGGUUCAGGAUGACGCUUCGGAGGAAGACGUUUUUGAGGAGGAGUCGACGUUUAUUCGGUUAUCCGACGACGAGACGUGGGAGAGCGAAGAGACGCGACUAGUCGCGCCAUCGCCGCUUGAGACGCCGAAAAAAGCGGCCUCGGCGGUCUUGAAGUCACCACCGAAACCAAAUACGCCGCCUGCGGCUAACGCCGACGAUGACGACGACAAGCAUCUGUUUAGACGAGGCUCGGUGAAGGCGUUUGUGAAGCUCUGGGACACGCCGAGGAAAGCUUCUCGCCCGUGA